AUGAAAACAAAAAAUUAGUCAAUGAACAAAUAUUUCAAUAGUUUCAAAAUUUAGCAAAGAAUCAAAAUUAAGUAUUUUUAUAUAAAAUACAUGGCUUUUCUAAUUUUUUUUUUAAAUCAUGCAGAUAUUAAAUUUUAGGAUUUACAUUAAUUUCAUUUGCCUAUUUUGGAUAUUUUUUGGAUAAAAAAUUAUAAAAAUUAUAAAAAGAUACAUAUGAAAAUAAAGAAAAAAGAAAAAAAUUAUACGUAAUUUCUUACAUAUUAGCUUUUUUUAAUACUGUAGGAGCUAUAAUUACAUACAGAAUGGGAAGAAGAUAUGUAAAAUCAAUAAAUUAUUUACCAAAUAGUUAGUAAUUUGAAUUUAAUUUUUAUGGACUUAUUUGUUAAGAUAAGCCUUAUAUUAUAGAAUUAAAUGAAGUUUUAAGAAUAAAAAAGAAAUUAUUAGACUCUACUGUUUAAUUUGAAAUAAAAUCAAAAAAAUGCAAUAGAAAAUACAUUUCAACAUUAGGUACUGGAUAUUGGUCUAACAAAAAAAUUUUUGAAUAUAUUACAAAAUAAAUUUAAUUAAUAACUACCAUAAUGUCACAUAAAAAUAAAAAUAUAUACUUUUUUUAAUAUUUAUGAUUAUCAAUAUAGUAUAUAAAAUGCCUACAAUAAAUUCAGAGUUAAAAAGAAAAAAAUCACCAAAUAGCGAAUAAAAAUAAUCUUAAUAGAAUGAAAGUCCAGGUCCUGGUUAUUAUGAAGUUAAUACUCAAAUGUUUAAAUAAAUAAUAUCAGCAAAUAUUAAAACCACUUCCCCAUAAAGAUAAUUAAUUAUUUAAAAUACCCCUGGACCAGGAAAAUAUGUAAAAUCUAAUUACUAAUCAUCUACGCCAAAAUAUAGCUUUGGUUUAAAGAUGAAAGAUGAUUAUUUUACUGAAAAUACAUAGAAAGAUUAUAAUUUAGGUCCUGGCUAAUAUCCUAUUGAUACUUCUUCAAUUUAAAAAAAUAGAACCUUUUCUAUUUCUAAAUAAAAAGAGUGUAAUAUUUUUUAUAGUUUAAAACAAAAAAAUUAAAAUAAAAGAAAAUACUAUUAUUCAAAACAUUGGACCCGGUUCUUAUAAUAUAUCUAAAAACCCAAUUUAGAAACGAUAGACUGGCUUUAAAAUUGGAAAAGCUGUUAGAUCUUAUAGUCCUUAAAAAGAUGUUUUACCAGGACCAGGUUAAUAUGUUUUAGAAAAUAAAAAUCCUAUUCCAUGUAUAAAAAUAGUACCCGGAGAAAGAGUAUAUUCUUAUAUUAAUAAAGACUAAUCUAUACCUGGGCCUGGCUAAUAUGGAAAUAGAUAAAUAUACAAUUUUAAGAUUCGCUCAUUAUCAAAAGACUUUAAUAGAAACUAGAGUUUUAAAAAUAAUAAUGAAACUUAAAAUAAUGAUUUAUAAUAAAGAUAAAAUAAAAAUUUAUAUAUGAAUAAAUAAUAAAGAAAUUUAAUUGAUUAAUAAUAAAUUUAGU